AUUCCUAUUCCUAAACAGGCAUUUGGCCAAUCGUAACAACCCUAAAGAUUUCCACCGUUUGUUGUGUAAACUGGUUUAUUUUACUUUUCUUGGUCCUGCGACGGCACGAAUCACAGGAUUCUGAAUCCCUAAAAGAAGAAUUUAGAUGGAGAUCAUAGCUGUAGAGGAAGAGGAAGCAGUGUUCCCUUGCGCACUGAAGAUUAUACCAGAUUUCAUCUUCAACAAGAAUGAUCCUAUUUUCUUGGGAGUUGAAGUUGUUGAAGGCAUACUUAAGGUUGGGACACCAAUUUGUGUUGCUCGCAAAGAUUUUUUCGACGUCGGCCCGGUUGCCUGCAUUAGGGAUGAGAGAGGGCCUGUCGAUUAUGCCAUCAAAGGCCAGAAGGUGUCGAUUAAGAUUACUAACAACACUCCCGAGUAUGGUAAGCAUUUUAAUCAUGAAGACCUUCUUGUCAGCCAUAUUUCCAGGAGGUCAAUUGAUGCUCUUAAAACUUAUCACCGGGACGCUCUCUCAAUGGAUGACUGGAGGCUGGUUGUCAAACUGAAAAACAUUUUCAAGAUACAGUCACAUGGCAAGACUGAAUGAGAAUUUGUGCACUUUGUUGAAGUUGUGAAUUUUGUGUUGCGUUUAAUUAGUGUUCACAUUUUGUGUGCAUGGAAAACAAUUGUCGCCGGAUGCUGCAACUUAUUUUGUGUAUAACCAUUGUCAUUGGCUGCAUUUUUAAAAAGAUAUUCAUUCAUUAUUUUUAUUAAAAAUUUAAAUUAAAGUA